CAACACACGCAGCAACACGCACGAAGUAUCUGGCUACGUUCCAGAUGCAACGCAGGACUCUCACAAGAGGUGGAGUGGACUCUGUCCCUGAGUGAGGAGUCACCGUCUACAGCGGGAGUCCAGGCUGCCGUAAACUGACCCUGUUUACGACAGAGUCCACUUCGCAUUUUGAGCGACGCCCCCAAAUUCCGUGCAGAGUGUUUGCAGACCCUCCGGGACGGAGAGGUGGAGGAGGAAUCGGCAGCUCCGCCGUCCACACACACACCGUGAUCGCCACGCCAUUAGCUCAUGACUUGAUCGGAUCUUUGACAGGGGGAGUCCGGACCAUUCUGAGAAGCUCUCUUGGACUGUGAGGCUGCUGCAGAGAAUGGGAAUAGGGACACAGGCCAAGGCUUGCCAUUUUGGCUGAAGUAACAGCAAGGACGGUUGUCAACCCUGCAUCAGCGUCAAUCCCCCACUCCCUCACCUCACCUCCCACACACACACACACACAUACACACAUAUAGACACACACACACACACUCAAGGACAGAAUCCUGCAAAGCACAGCCACUGCUAUGUCCACCGCUGUAGACAUCGCUGGCCCUUCCUCCCCAGAUCAGGCCCACAGCAGUGCUAAAAUCCCUAAUGAGCCUCUGAGACCCAGCCUGAAGCGCUCCAGCCACCCCUACAGCCUCUCCCACUACAUCUCUACGCCAUCUCCGGCUGUGGACGUCAAAAGUCUGAUCCAGCCCUCCCCGGCCCAGCACCGAGCGGCCCAGCCCACGAAUGCUAAGCCUCGCCGGGCCCCCUCCUGGCCCGACAUGUGGGAGUCACCCAGCGGGCUCCACCUGGCCCACGCAGCAGAGCUUCUGAUGCGCGCCGGGCUCCUGGCUCUGACGCCGGCCACCACGGAGCAGGCCAGCCUGGGCGCCCAGAGCAGCCAGCCGGCUAAAAGAGAGGCGGCGGAGGCCAAGCCAGGAAGAGGGGACGGGGAAGGAGGUGGGUCUGGGCCCGAGGAGGAGGAAGAGGACGCCCCCGGCUGUGGCACUGAUUUCCAACCCUUCCUGGGAGCCUGGUUCCCCUUCAGCCCAGCUCUGUUCCCUCUGGCGGGUUUCCAGAUGGGGGGAGGCCACUGGAGGAGCGCCGCCAUGGGAACCGAGGGCAUCGAGGGGCUGGUGGCUGAGGGCUACUCCCCUGGUUCUCUGGGGGCAGGCAGCGGAGGCAAGAGGAAGAGGAAGAGGUGCGGGGAGUGUGUACCUUGUCGGCGUCAAACAAACUGCGAACAGUGCAGCAGCUGCCGCAAUCGCAAGAGAGGACACCAGAUCUGUAAAUACAGGAAGUGUGAGGAGCUGAAGAGGAAGCCGGGAGGCCCGGGGUUUGAGAGCAGGGUGUCAGGGUUUGAUCUGCGGGGCUCCGAGUUCGCUUUAGGCCUGACACAGGAGAGAAGCAACGGAGGCCUGGAUGGAUAGUGACUUCAGUCCUGGCUGGAUGGUUGUCGGAGCUGGGUGGUAGUAAAUAAAAAAAAAAACAACAAAUUUAAAGAAAUCCUGGGACAUGAUGUUAACAUGCUCGGACUUGGAAACUGGAGUUCAACUGAAGAGCUGCAGCUCUGUCGAAGAAUGUCUACACUCGUCCCCAUCCUUCCUUUUGACAAUCAGUGAAAUCGGAGAGCGAGGGGGAGAAAGAGCGAUACCGAUGUGUGUCCAUGUUUAGAUGGUGACAAAGAAAAACAAACACUGUAAAUAACCUGUAAAUACCUGGAAAACAUUAUGUCUUUUUUACAUCCCUUUGCAGUUUGGAUGUGAUGUGUUUGAACAUUUAAAAACAAAAAAACAAAAACAAACAAAAAACAAAAAAAGGAGCCAAGUGUUUUUGUUUCUAAUGGGGAGUUUAGAUUCUGUCGCUCUGACGUCACUGCAUCAGCAACAAAAUGAAUGAGUUUCAGCCCAGGCUAAAUUAUUUCAUGUGCAGCUUUUACUGUAAAGCUCUGUUUGCCCUUUUUGAAAUAAUAAAAAAAAAAAAAAAAAAAAAACAA